GGGCAAUGCCCUCGGGACUGUGGGCCCACCGGGCGGGGAUGGGGAGCCAAGUUACGGUCGCCGAAGGGCGAGCUGGACGCUGGGUGUCGGGAAGGUUUUAGCGCCUGAGGAGCCAGAGCGCUGGGGGACCCGUAGGGGAGCCAGGCCAGCCCCGCGCACGCUCACGCGGCGGAGGCGCGCUCGGGGGCGGGGCCUCUCGCCGGGCCCCGCCCAGGAGGUGGCUCCGCGCAGGCCCCGCCCCCGGCGCGCGGUGCGGACGGCUCCACUUCUGUCCGUCGCCGCGUCGCCCCCGUCCCGCCGGGCCCGGCGUUCUAGAACUCGCCGCGCAGCUGCCUCAGCACCCAUGAAGCGACUCAGUCCCGCCAGCCAGCCCAGUCCAGUCCUGCAGGUACAGGAAGAUGGAGAUAACCUCAUCCCCUUUGCCAAGUGUUCCAGGGUGGUCAGCCGAUCCUCACCCCCCAGCUUGCCUUCCCAGAGCCUCAGACUGACACGCCAGCAUUAUGGAGACGUCUUCUGGGACAGCCUUAGUGAAAGGCCCAGCUCCACCUGGAUGGAAGAACGGUACAUCCCCUCCCUGCAGAGAGCCACUGGUUGUUCCCAGCCUGGCGUGUACCCCCCUGAGGGGCUCCCACCCCCUGAGAUGCUUUUCAGAAGAAAGAGGAGGAGGUCAUAUUUGGCAGGAAUGCAGGGACCUGGGGGCAUCCCAGCCCGGGUAAGGGCUGUCACUUACCACCUGGAGGAUCUAAGGAGGCGUCAGAGAAUCAUCAAUGAGCUGAAGAAGGCCCGGUGGAGCAGCUCUGGCGCUGCGGCCGAGCCCCUGGUGCCUGGAGAAGCGAGCUGUGGAUUCCCCAGCACCAGCCAACAGCCUCGUCAGGACGAGGAGGGGGCAACCUACCCACCGGAAGACGACCACUUCCUCCCUCCCGGCAGGGCCCAGCUGCUUUGGUCUCCCUGGAGUCCCCUGGCCCAGGAAGGAUCUUUCCUCUCCAGGCAGCUGAGCUCUCUGACCCCCUACAGCACUGUCACAGCCUGUAGGAGCCCCCCUUUCAAUACCUGGGGGAUGGAGCUGCCCGAGGAAUAAGGAAGAGCCCUUAUGAAGUCUCCGCAGACUAAAGGCCCAGGGAUGGUAACGAAACCACCCAUGUCUAUCCAACAUGCUCGCGCUGCCUCGGGGACCCACGCCGCCUCCUCGUCGCUGGAAUCACCCCCGAAUGCACCUCCCGUCCUCAGCCUCUCCCAGCUUCCCCUCCCGCCUCUGCACUCGGCGCUGACAGCCCCCGGGCCUCCCGUCUCAGCCCGCCCCUCGCAGGAGCUCCCCAAGGCCGGCGGGCCCGCUGGCUCCCUGCAGGGUUCUUUCCGCUGGUCUGUCAUUAAAAGGAAAACAAGUUGA